GGCACACCGAACUUGCUUCAAACCUCCCCUUUCGUAUCGUUCCUUCAUUUCUUCUUGGAUUGGAUCCUUCUCCUCCUCGCUCCUUCCAGCUCCAGCUGGACCAAUUCCCCUUGUCUGCUGGACUGGUAAGAUAGGAUCCGAUCCCGUAUACUUCCAUUCCAUGACGCUAGAAAAUGAACUUGCUGUGCUCCGUAAGGGAUUAUUAGGCUAGCUGUCCAGUUGUACUGUCCUGCAAGUAACGGACCAUCUGGCUUUUACUUGGAACCAAAGGAUUAGCGGUUUUUGCUUGCGCGGCCGGGAUGAGACUCUUUCGUCACACACACACACAAACACAAAACAAAGGAUCUCUUUUCUCUCUGCUAGCUCUCGUCGCUUGCUUCUCAACGCUGUUCACGCGGAAAACACCGGCGGGAGCUUUGGCUGACGUCCGGUCCUUCGAUCCACGCCGCACGGCAUCUCCGCCGGAGUUUUUACUCCGGCCGCUACCGGAAUAUGAGCCCCUGUCCUGGGCAUAAAGCGGUUUCGCCUCGCCACGCCACAUGCACCUGCAAGUAGAGAGAGAGGCCUGUCGAGACUCGAGAGUCUAUAGUUCACGGGCUCUUCGCCUCUCGGGGUUCCAAAGCCAAAGGGGGAAAAAAAAAGGAAGGAAGAAGGCUCACGGGCUCCUGGAAUUACGCUCAGGAAAAAAAAUCGCGAGAAAACGAUACGAUUUUUCGCCAGGUUUUUUGUGAAAUUGCUUGUAGUAAUAAUAACAAGGAAAAAAAAGUCAUGUCCUUUGAUUCUGUGACGAAAACCACAUGCAUUCCAAGCGAGACAUCUCAGGCCACAGUUUCACACAGUCGCAGUGUGCCGGAUACGAAAGCGAUCCCAUCCGGAGCGUCAGGUCCGUGACCGUCUCGUCUCCACUUGUACAAAUGAAACCGACCACCGGCCGGGACGGUUCCCGUUUCGGCACAGUAGAGCAACACGGCACACGAAGGGGGCGGGCCCACCGCGCGCGGUACGCAUGCCUCUUGGGCUACCCGUCGAGCCAUGUGGCCGGCUUCCUGGUGGCCCCGCCACGUCGGCCUCACACGGUCCCGGUACAUCUGGCCAGGCAGGUACUGCUGGAGUAUUAUGCAUGCAUCGUCGUGAGCUGGGUGCACCAAGUCACCCCACACCGCGUGGGCCUGCCCGCGACGCAACACUUGUCGCACGGGCCCCGCACACGUGUUCCGCGGGGCCCCCUUGGCUGCUCCUCUAUCCUCCCCCCCGGGCCGCUGGCCGCGGCCACCAACUCUGUGCGCCUUGGUGUGACCGGUGGUCUCUGUGCUCCCAAGCUGAGCAGCAGCAAUCGCCGUUCCGGAGGCCGGAGCACAGAGACGAGACCCGCCGAGCAGUUUGGGUUUUUUUUUUUUUUGAUGAUUUGGUGCACCUACCUAAAGAAGCCUUUGGCAUCGAGUACGCCUAGUACCACCACCACCACCAAAGAAGCCUUGAGCAUGCAGGGUAAUAAUUGUGACGAGGGCCGGGGAAAGAAAAAGGAUGCAGGGAAAGAUUACUGUUGUACCCGUAUCUCAUUCAGGCCCUAGUUGCUGAAAAUAACAGUAAAUAGGAAUCGUGUUUGUUUGCAACUGGAAGCAAAAAAAAAAAAAAAAAAA